UCUACGCCGUAUUUCGCAGUAAAAGCCAGCCAUUGACCGUGUGAUGCUGUCCCUCGACUAUUCCGUUAUUUGUUGUUAUAAUUAAAUUUUUAAAUCCAAAUCGUACAUAGAAGUGAUGAAUUAACCGACGGCGACGCCGCUGCUGCUUACAAUAAACGAGUCAAAUAAAAACACAUGGCACGAGAUGUCAACGGAGGGUGGGACGAGGACGACACCUGCACGGAGAGGGACAGCGACGAUAGCCCCAUCCUCUCAUACAGGUAUGACAAACGUCGCUACCCGUACAGAGAGCGGCCGGCGGAGCGCCGCUGGGCGGUGACCACGGUCGCCAAGUUCUCCUUCUACUGCACAGCCAUGAUUCUGUUCUGCGUGUUAAUGUACAUACCAGUUUAUAACAGAGCCAACGAACAGAUACCAAAGGUGGCUGUAGCUGGAUGGUCGAUUCACACGAACAGAGACACCAAAAUAUACGUACAACCAGAUAACGUCACAACAAUACAUGAACCGAAAUAUGUCUGUCCCAAGAGUAACAGAGACAAAAAGAACAGUCUGCUCCUCCUCAUAGUGGUCUGUUCAUCGACCAGCAACUUCGACCGUCGAGUGGCCAUACGAGAGACGUGGGGCAGUUAUAAGAACUACUUAGAGUCGGGAAGAAUAUUCAAAGCAGUACAAGAAAAAUACAAGAAUUACAACUACACGUAUGAUUUAUAUGAGGAGGAAAAAAAUCAUUUAAAUUUUAGUCUUAACUUAGAUAGGAAAAAACGAGACAUAUCUGGUCUUGGGCGGUUCCUUCCGGAACUGGCGAGGGCGCUGCAGAAGAACCUCAUCACUGUGACUGAAGAGGUUGAAGAAAAGAGGUUCGAAGACGAGAAGGGAGAAGAAAUGUUGACCGGCUUCGACAUGAACAAAGAACUUAACGAACAAGACGAGCUCGACUUAGACUAUGAUGAUGAGUCUAACAUCAUGAAGAUACCACCGAAAGGAUACGAGGACCAGAGUCCAGACUUGGAUGACGUUAUUGAUAUGUUGAAGAAGUCGAAAGAUUUUCCCAAAGAAGACGUCUCAGAACCAGUUUCGGACAAAGAAGUCGAUUUCAAGCUCGUGUUCCUCCUGGGGCUGCCGUCACAAGAUAACGACACGGACGUCCAGGAGAAGAUCGAAGAGGAAGUCGACAAAUAUGGUGACGUCAUUCAAGAAGGAUUCAUAGACUCGUAUAACAACCUCACCCUCAAGUCGAUCAUGAUGCUGAAGUGGGUCACCAACAACUGCAACGAGAGUGUUCGCUACAUCCUCAAGACUGAUGACGACAUGUAUGUGAACGUCCCCAACCUGGUUCAGAACCUGAAGAACAGGUCCAAGGUCCACGACAGCACCAAGGGCCAGGAGAAAGAGUACAUGCUGAUCGGCGACCUGAUAUGUGGGGCGCGACCCGUCCAAGACGUUAGCAAUAAGUGGUACAGCCCGCGGUACAUGUACGGGGGCCGCGUGUACCCCCGCUACCUGUCGGGCACGGGGUACGCUCUGUCAGCGCCGGCCGCCAGCUCCCUCUACCGCGCCGCGCUACGAACCUCAUACUUCCACCUUGAGGAUAUCUAUAUCACGGGCAUGUGUUCAGUCCGCGCGACACCGCGCAUCGUGCCGCGUGACGAGCCGGGCUUCUCGUACAGCGCGACCAGCGGCGGGGGAGGGGGAGCGGGGGCGGGUGGGGGAGGGAUGGACGCCUGUCUGGCUCAUGGACGGCUGACCGCUCACAGGGUGACUCCUGAUAGUAUGAGGACAGUCGCCAGGAGGUUGCUGAGGACCGACUACGUGGACAGGUCAGUGAACCAUCGGUGGGAGAGAGAGAGGAAGAAAGAGAGACAGAAGGGGAGAAUCCGCUGUAGCAGAGGAACGGGAGAGAUCCGUGGCAUCCGUGGAGCUGAUGUGAAAGAUGGAGACUCACUAAGAUGAAAACCGAGCGCGGUUCUUAUGUCCUAUACAGCUACAUCCGGUUGCUCGUCUCCUCGUGCUAGUUUAUAAAGACCGCGUUCACAUACACCAGGUAACAGUGUAACUCACUGCGACGGGUUCACAUACAGCCGAUGUCGCCCGGCUGCGCUCGUUGUGUGAUGGGAGCGUUGCGAAGCUCCGCCGCCGCCUGGUUUAUUUGAACGCUUCUUUCGUGACUUUACAUUCACAAGACAGUUUUAUAAUUUAGCUUUUAUUGUUUUAUAUUUUUUUGUAUUUUAAAAUGAUUUAUGAACAUUCUCGAGGUUGUUAGACGAAGGAAAUGACGAGAUCACAGAAGAGUACAGCAGGUUUGCGCCGAGACAUUGUUUUAUUGCGUAAUGAAUAUCUUAACUUCAAGAUGGACGUCUGCUUGCUGUGUUCUUGUGUUGUCUUUAAUUAUUUCUAGUGAUUCUUAAAAGACAUUUUUAUUAUUUAAUUUUUUAUUAUUUUAAAGUCUUCCUUUUAAUAUUCGCAUAUGUUUUUGUUCUAAAGUGUCGGACAAACUCACAGAGUAACUUUAUAUUAGUUUUUAACAUUAAUGAUUGUAACGCUGAUUGUGAACCCCGUCCCUUCCUGUCCCCGGCGACAGAACAAAAACGUUGUGUGUUUUAUUUAUUGCUCAAUCAUGUCGUCGCCAUUUUUGUUUAUCAUUAUUAUCUUGUUUCGUUGGACAUCCAUCAUACAAUGUGAAUGCGCAUGUCGUCUUGCGUUUUGUGAGUGUGUGUGUGUGUGUGUGUGUGUGUGUGUGUGCGUGCAUGUGUGUCUGUGUGCGUGUCUGUAAGCCGUGCGUGUGUGUAGGUGUGCUCGUCACUCACACAUAUUAUUAUAAAGUAUAUUAACUUGUUACUGUAGUCGUCUCGUCUCUCGACAAUAUUUUAUAAAAGCUUGUUUUCGGGAACAAAGUGACCGGAAACUAUUUAAGGGACCUGAAGUGCGAGGAAUAUCAUUGUUGUAAUAUUUACAUAUUAUAUAAAUGUAACAAAUACUAUAGCGUUUCCUUGCUUGAAGCGAGAGCUCGAAGCUGAUUAAUCUCUGCAUUAAGAUGAAUCUCUAUGAUCUGAAAAAUUUAAAUUGUUUUUAUUAUAUUGAACCCUGUGAUUAUACUAAAUGAAAAUGAAAUUUCCUAAAUAUUAUUGUUGUGUGUGUAUGCGUGUGUGUGUGUGUGUGUUUGUCGUGGACAACACUCAGAGCGCGUCUUAUGAACGAACACCAAUAUUGUACAGUAAUAUGUCGUUGUUAUACCCGCUAGCGGACAUACAUGCAGUGAAGUCCUCGUUAUUAUGUCGCGUGCUCGAUAUAUUGUCAUGAUGGUUGCCAUUCUCGAUAGCUUUGCCUUAAAAUAGAUCUCUAAAUAUAGUGUUCCAAGUUGUGAUGAAUUUUAUUAAUAAAUAUAUUAAAGCAGA